AAGGCUGGAAUCUUACCAAUCAGGUCCUGAAGAACUAACAGAUGACAACUCAUCAGACUACAGACAAUUUUUUACUGCAUCCAGGCUGGAAUUGGACCAAGAUACUACUGGGAUGGACAAGAAUACCACUGCUAAGUGCCAUGAUGAUCACACCCUGGAUAAGUAUUUGUUUCCAUUUGUGUACAGCAUUGUGAUGGUGAUCAGUAUUCCCACCAACUGUAUAUCCCUCUAUGCAUCUUGCCUUCAGGUGAGGAAAAAGAAUGAGUUAGCAGUCUACCUCUUCAGCCUAUCCCUGGCUGACCUUUUGUACUCUCUGAUUCUGCCUCUGUGGAUUGAUUAUGCCUGGAAUGGAGAUAACUGGAGGCUCUCUGCCUUGCUUUGUCAGAUUUCUGCCUUCCUUAUGUAUAUGAACUUCUACACCAGCACUGCGUUCCUUGCUUGCAUCUCUGUUGAUAGGUAUCUGGCAUUAGUUCACCCCUUGAAGCUCCAGCACUUCCGCACAAAAAGAUUUUCGUUGCUUGUCAGCGUAAUUGUUUGGCUUCUGGAAAGCAUCUUGAAUUCAGCCAUAUUGGUGAAGAAAGAAGUGUUCAGUGAUCCUUGCAAUUUCACUAAUCAUACACUGUGCUAUGAUAAAUACCCCCUGGAAAAGUGGCAGGCAUACAUAAAUUUAUUCCGGAUAUGCUCAGGGUACCUGGUCCCUUUGAUAGUCAUUUUGUUUUGCUACCAUAAAAUCUACCAAGUAGUGAGGUAUAAUCAAGCCACAGUAGAUGAAGAAAAGAGAAAAGUGAGGAAACUUAUUCUGAGUAUCACAGUUACUUUCAUUGUCUGCUUCACUCCUUAUCACAUUGUAUUGCUUAUUCGCAGCAUUAAAGAACCUUACACCACUGACCCACAGCUUUUGCAGUUGAUAUAUAAGGUUUACAGAAUCACACAGGCCUUAACAAGUUUGAAUUGUAUUGCUGAUCCCAUUCUUUACUGCUUUGUGAGUGAAACUGCACGAACAGACAUACUGCAUUUCCUCAGGUGUUGCUUGUGUCUACAAAAGCGUGAGGGAGACCAAGCUAUAAAGAGCAGUGCGCUGAUCACCUGCAGAACAUCCUGUGAAACAGAGACUAUCAAAAAUGCUUGA